CUACUCUUUGUUCUGAUUGACGUUCCAUUCCAAGAUGGCAGACAUGCCGCUUGAGCCAUGAUAGUAUGGAAUCGUAGGAUUACGAUUUUUAGGUGUGUCUUUCUAAAUAUCGAACUAGAAUGUCUCCCGAAUUCUUGACUAAUGUCUUAUACGAAUGUACUGACGAUGUGAAACAACUCGCUCGCGUUAAGUGCGCUAGUUUUAGGUAACGUUUGUGCCGGGACAUAUGUAAUAAAACGGUGAUCGAAAUUGUGUUUUUCGGUGUGUCGUGUACGAUAAGUAUUCUGGUUUGAUGUUAAAUUAAAAUGUGGAAUAUGAUGUGCGACGUGAUGCCCACUAUAUCGGAGGACAGUAUCAGUCAAAGGAGUUCGCAGUUAUCCGGUGAGGAUGCGAAUUUCGAGCAGUUGAUGGUGUCUAUGCUGGAUGAGCGAGAUAAGCUGGUGGAGAGCUUGCGAGAGACACAGGAGCGGCUGGGGGACUCGGAGCUGCGCCUCAAGGAGGUGGAGAAGGAGCGCGACUCGCUGCACAGACAGAUCGCCGCCAAUUUGCCUCAGGAAUUCGCAACACUCACAAAAGAGCUCAAUCAGGCCAGAGAACAACUCCUCGAAAGGGAAGAGGAGAUUUCAGAGCUCAAAGCAGAGAGAAACAAUACCAGGUUACUGCUAGAGCACCUAGAAUGCCUAGUAUCAAGACACGAGCGCUCCUUGCGCAUGACAGUAGUGAAGCGACAAGCAGCCGCGCAGUCCGGCGUCUCCUCAGAAGUCGAGGUCCUGAAGGCGCUCAAGAGCCUCUUCGAACAUCACAAGGCUUUAGACGAAAAGGUGCGGGAGCGGCUACGUGUGGCGUUGGAGAGGAAUACCGCUCUCGAAGAAGAACUAGCUCUCACUAAGGAAGAAUUACAGCAAUACAAAUCAUCACAAGACGACAAGCCGAAGGAAAACGGCACCGUACCCACCGGCUCGCCCGAACAGAACGGGGAACAACAAACUACUAAGGAUCCAAAUAAUGUAAACGGCGAAUCGGAGACGACAAGGAAAAUCAGUGAGCUCCAAAAUACGAUCGCCAAGCAGUCAGCAGAGCUAAGCUCAUGGCAGCGGCGCGUGGCCGAGCUGAACAACAAGGUGUCGGAGCUGGAGGAGCGCCUCGCCAAGGGAGAGAAGGAGCUCGCCAAGAAACAGGACGAGUGCGUCAAGCUGCAGCGGGACCUUAGGGAGAACGUGGCGCAGAAGGAGGAUCAGGAGGAGCGCAUAACGACAUUAGAAAAGCGUUACCUUAACGCGCAGCGCGAGUCUACCUCCCUACACGACCUCAACGAGAAACUCGAACAGGAGCUCAACCACAAGCAGGCACAACUUAAGUUGCAAGAGGAGAAGAUUGCAGCCAUUGAAGAGAAGUUGGAGUUGUCCACGCAGAAACUGGCUCAGAUGUCCUCGUUGCCAGAAAUGGAGGAACAGCUCAAGGCGAGGAUGGAAGCCCUCAGCCAGGCGCAAGAGCGUCACGGGUCUGCGGAGGACCGCAUCCAGCGGCUGGAGGCGAGCGUGGAGGAGAAGAACGCCGAGCUCAUGCGCCUCAACCAGCGCCUGCGCAUGAACGAGGAGCACAACACGCGCCUCUCCGCCACCGUCGACAAGCUGCUCUCCGAGUCCAACGACAGGUUACAAGUGCACCUGAAGGAGCGCAUGCACGCGCUGGACGAGAAGAACGCGCUGACGCAGGAGCUGGACAAGACGCGCAAGUACGCCGACGAGCUGCUCGGCGACAAGCAGGACAUACUCAAGGAGCUCGCCAAGUGGCGCAUGGAGACUGAACAGUUGAAGCGUCAGAUGCUGGAGCAGGAGAUCGCGUUCAACAUCCAGCAGACGGACGCGCUGACACGCUCGCUGUCGCCCGCCGCGCAGCCGCAGCCGCCAGCCACGCUCUUCCAGCCCAAGUUGGACGGCUCGUGGGAGAAGCUGCAGCAGGCGCAUGUGCUGGCCAACGUGCAGCAGCCCUUCGACGUAUCUAGCGAUGCUGAGAACGAGGAAUCAGACGGCGGCGUAGAAGGCGGUCACACGGACGCAGCAGCACUCGCUCUCAUGCUGCAGGAACAGCUCGACGCCAUCAACACCGAGAUCCGACUCAUACAGGAAGAGAAGCAGACCACGGAAGCCAGGGCCGAGGAGCUCGAGUCUAGGGUGGGCAGCUACGAGCACAUGAACGUGCUGGCGCGGCGCGGCGAGUCGCCCCCGCGCGCCGCCUCGCCCUCCCGCGCCCUGCGGCCCGCGCACCACAAGUACCAUACCGCGCCGGCGUCGAUGUCGCCCGCGCAGCACUACCGCGCGGCGCAGGCGUCAGAGUCGCUGCCCGCCAGCCAGCUGCAGCUAUGCGAAGAAGGAGCGCCAGGCGUAGGCCCAGUCGGCCCCGCUGAAGGGGCGGAGUCCCCUCUCACAGCGCGGUCGUUACGGCUGGAGCGAGCCGCCCGAGCGAUACACGCUGAGAGAGACAGGCUGAGGACGCACUAUCAGCCGCCUUAUGACUCGACUUCAAUAAUGUCGGGGAGCCUCGCACGGAUCCCCAUGCACAGCAAUAUUUCAUCCAGUUCAAGCCAAGAGUCGCUGGGCGGGGCGAGCGCAGGGCUCGGGGGCGGGACCUGGGGCGGCUCCACCUCCCGGCCCGGCGCCGCCUCCGCCGCCUCUAUCGCGUCUAUGCACCAACAGAAGAAGAGAGGCAUCAAGAGUUCCUUAGGAAGAUUCUUUAGUAAGAAGGAGAAGGCGGGAAUGCCGCUACAGCAAGGUCAGAGUCCCCGCUCGAUGUCGUCAGUGUCGUCGCUGGGGCUGUCGUCGCUGGCGGACGAGGCGGCGGCGGGCGAGGCGCUGACGCCGCACGCGCCGCUGUCGCACGCGCCCAUGUCGCACCAGGACUACGCCAGGACCAAGAGCAAAGAGCGCGACUACCGGCACGAGCUGCUGGGCGAGGCGAUGCGGGCAGGUACUCCAUUCGCACUAUGGAACGGGCCCACCGUGGUAGCGUGGCUGGAGCUGUGGGUGGGCAUGCCGGCGUGGUACGUGGCCGCCUGCCGCGCCAACGUGAAGUCGGGCGCCAUCAUGUCGGCGCUGUCGGACCAGGAGAUCCAGCGCGAGAUCGGCAUCAGCAACCCGCUGCACCGCCUCAAGCUGCGCCUCGCCAUCCAGGAGAUGGUGUCGCUCACGUCGCCGUCCGCGCCCAGGGGCACGGCCUGUGCUGCGCUCGCCUUCGGGGAUAUGAACCACGAGUGGAUCGGCAACGUCUGGCUGCCUUCAUUAGGAUUACCACAAUACAGAACGACGUUCAUGGAGUGUCUAGUAGACGCGCGGAUGUUGGAGCACCUCACUAAGAGGGACCUACGGACGCAACUCAAAAUGGUCGACAGUUUUCAUAGGACGUCGCUGCACUUUGGCGUGGCUUGCUUGAAGCGCGUGGGGUACAGCGUGCGAGCGCUUGAAGAGCGACGCCGAGCCGCCGAGCACGGCACCCGGGAUGUCCUCGUAUGGACCAAUGAGCGGCUGCAGCGCUGGCUCGUCGCCAUCAACCUUAAGGAGUACGCGAACAAUCUAUCAGAGAGCGGCGUGCACGGGGCGCUGAUCGCGUUGGACGACAACUUCGACGCCAACUCCAUGGCGCUGGCGCUGCAGAUACCCACGCAGAACACACAGGCGCGGCAGAUCCUGGAGCUGGAGUUCGGCGCGCUGCUGGCGAGCGGCACCGAGCGCGCCGCCCGCGUGCACGACCACGCCGCCUCCUGACACCACACGCUCAACUAGGCCACGUGGUACCCGCAGUAGCGGCCGGCUGACGAGCGGCUCGCCCGCGUAUAGUCAUACGUUAACUUAGUACACUAUUUAUUUGGUACAAAGCUCUGUUCACUUCCGAACCUCGCUAGUCUACGCGCCCGACUAUAAUGUUCUAUAUGGCGGCAUUUUAUAGUAAUACGCUUCUCCAUUCGUGUUUAUAAUGUAAAUAUUUCACUACAGCUUCUUAACAGUAUACCCGCGAGUCCAACCGUCGCCACGAUAUCUACCAAAGUACUAUAAAAUGCUAUCAUAGGUAAGUUGUUGAUACAAUAAUAUUCUCCAUAAUGUGUAUAUUGAAGUAUACAGUAGCUAAGGCUUCUCUAUAAACUACAAAGUGCUCUGAAAUCUGUAGACUAUGUACUUAAUGUGUAAUCUGAUAUUAUUAAUUGUAACUUGAUACAAAUGUGUAGUAAUGGCGCGUUGUACCGUGUUUUGUGUACUAUUGUAAGUAUUAUUCGCCUUAAAGUAUUCACUUAGAUGUACAGUAUACUUGUUACAAGCAAUGUCGGCUGCUUUGUGGUUGUAGUCAUAGCUAGACAAACGAAAGAGGACCUUAGGCUAUGUUUAUAGGUGUCAUUUUAGACGUGAAUACAACCACAAGCGCCUAUACAAAAUAUUUAAACAAAUAGCCUUAUAUCGCAAUAGUUUAUUACGUCCGUCUCUUGGACUAUAAUUGUUCGAAUUAUAGUCCAGGAGACUGACAAUCUUCGCCAUUUUAUUUAAACGUUAAAAACACGGUACACGCAAAAUAAACAUUGACAUACUCUGAUGCCAAAUAUUAGUUAUAUUUUAACUAAUAUACAUUUGUAUAUCGUCGGCUGUACAGUUUGCAAAUGUACUGGUGGACUACUUAAAUAUUUCAAUGACUUUUCUUAAAAAAUCUGUCUUAUAUUUGCUUAUAAAUUAGAUAAAGUACAAUUUUAUUUCAUCUACUUACAGUAGAUACAUUUCCUCUAUUAAAUUACCCUUGUUAUUUUUCUGUUUAUUAUUGUUUGCUUUAAUCUAAUAUAUUCAGUAUUAGUUUGCAAACUGUGCGUGUUCGGCCGCUACUCGUAAAGUUACUGUGUUGUGAGAGAUUACUGUAUUGCUGGUCGACGUGUGAAGACGUCGCCUAAUUCCCUGUGUUUCAACUGAAAUGUGUCAGCUUUGCACUUUGACGAUAUACUUGAAAGACUACAUAUAAAAGGGGAAAGUGGGGAUCCUUGACACAGUAGGUAUAAAAGAAGAAAAUAAGGAUACUAGAUAAAAUUGUUAGUAAAAGGGAAUGGGGUUUCUCGUCUCAGUGUGUUUUUGGUUAGCAAAAGUGUAAUAAAUUGGUCUUUUAGAAUGAGAUCAUGACUUAUAAAAGACAUGCAUAUGUUCCUAAACGUUAUUGGAUUUUGUAUGUCAAUGUAAAUCAGUAUGAUAUGGUUGUUAAGUGUAUCGUAAAGAGUUUAGCUGACUCAACAGUUGGAACAACAUUCACUCUCUGUGUCACACUAUUGAACUACAAUCACUAAGGUUACAAUAUGUAUGACAAGUGUAGUCAGUAGUGUGUGACAGCGAGUGUUACCCGUGUACCAAGUGCCUCCCUGAGGUGUGUAUAUACAUAGCUUUAUGUAGUUGAAUGUGUGCCUCCAAUGUCGCACGAUACUAGUCUUAUGUAAAGUGUUACUACAUUGUUUUGUAAUCUUCUAUUUUAUUAACUCGCUACUAGAUCAGCUGAAACUUAGCUAGGUAUAUUUUUGUUAAGCGUUUUACAAAUAUCCUGAAGUGUGGCAACCCUGUGAAGUGACGAGUAGGGUUGCUCCGCGAAUAACAUGAAUGUUGUAGUUUUAUUUUCUGUCGUCACGUGGUGUGAACUGACUCUUGAGAUGGUGGAUAGGAACGUUGUCCUGUAAUUGGCGUUAAUACCACGCUCACAACUAAAUUGGCAAUACUGCCACUACGUGUUUAUUUUUUGUUAAAAUAAAAUACAAUUGAGGGAAUGAUCAUUUUUAUUACAAAGCUUGUCAGUGUCACACCCCGCGACGACUUCAAUAGAUAAUGAAAUAAAACUUAAUGAAUUGUAUAGCUAAAGCGAUUUUAGUUUAAAAAGUGAAUCUUUUUAACCUGUAGCAAAUAUAUUGUAAAUAUUAUCGUUUAUAUAUAAUUUCUAUCGACUGUAGGUGUAAUAGCAAUAUUUAGCUAAGAUGUGUUCAAAACUGAAAGGAUUUUUAUUGUAUUAUUACUUUGUAAUGAUAACCGCUUAUUUAUUAACUAGAUUUUAUUAUUUAUUAAGUUAUUAUAGGAAAUGUAUUAAAUAUACCGGUUUAUUAUAAAAAUUACCUCAGUAUGGUUUGUGUUAGGGCUGCAGCGACUGUCGGUCGGCGCGGCGGUAGGCCUCAGCUAUGUAUAGUUAUCGAGUAACAGUAUUAAUAAACUUAGGUGACAGACGGCGCCACCGGUGUGAUUUUUUUAUAAAAUUAAUUAAUUUUUAAUCGUAGAUAAAAUUUGGAUAUAUACUUCUCGGAGUAAGGUUGUACCCGGCGCCAAAUGUUGCCAGAUGUGAAAUAUAUAACUUUACAUUCGCGUUUAUCUUCAGCAUGUUGCUCAUUAAGUGUCACGUCUCGCAACGUAUGGCGCGGUGCAUUUUCAAAAUUUUUCAUAAAUAAAUUGGAAAUGUGAAUGGUAUCUACUUUGUAUUGGUGACACGUGCGGAGCGGAACGCGUGGCGGACGUAUCGCGGCUGCGUUCUCACUCUUGUCUAUAUCACCCUAGCCAGGCUACACAAAACAUAUUUUAAAGUUAUAUUAAACUAAAAUUCACUUAAAAUAUAACUGGUAAAUUAUACUAAAUGUCUCGAAAAAAUCAUAAACUAUUAAAAAUAACUCCUAAAACUUCGGUAUUGACACUAAUAUCGUGAACAAUACGGAAUAAAACUCCGUGCGAUGUUGUCGGUAUGUCUCUCCCUGGCUAGGAGCGGUCGUGAGUCACACACUGAGCUAGCACUGCGGCGGGUAGGCAACGCGUUGCAGACCUGAUAGGGUAUUGUAGCUGGAUAUUGGAGUACGGCACAAUUGACUUGACGUUUUCGGUAUUGUAAUUUAUCCAAAAUGGAAAAGUCACUCGGCUUAUUUCGUUGAGUGUAAGUAGCCCUAAAUAUUAAUAAAUAAUUAAUUCCAGGCUCGAAAUUCGCGUGUACUAAAAGUGUGGAAAAUGCGUUUCGUACUCCAAUAGUCCAGUGUAUCUGACGUCUCGUCAAUAAAGCCUGACUCAAUAUCAUACGUACACAUCAUCGUUUCAUUAUCAAAAUAUAAAUAAAUAUAUAUUAGCUACAUAAAGUUUGUAUACAAUGCAACAUGCGAGAUGGUUAUUUAGUUAACUGUUAGUGUACUUAUAGCUUUUCGACGUAGCUAAUCGAGUUUUGUAUAAAGUGGUUUGGAUGACGUAGUAUAGCCGAUGUGUCAUGGCCGCUGUGCGGUCCCUUUGUAAUCGUACACUUUUAUAUGUUCCCUGCAGUUAGCGUAGACACGUCUGUCGUCCGGUUCCUCGCCGUGUCCGGCCGCGUCCGGCGGUUUGUAACGUUCGGUGCGAGUCUGUAACGUGCCUUGUUACACUAGACUAUCUGUUUACGUGUCACUUUGAUCUAUGAACUUUCUUUAUCAUUUAACGAUUGGCAGUCACGCCGAUCACUUCUAGUGGACGACUAUUGUCCGCUGAGAUUUCGUACAUAUAAGUACAGUAGGUGUUGUUGUAUUGUUAAUAGAAGUUACAUAUCUAAUGUUACAAACGCCCGGCGCCGGACACGUUGUGCAGCGACGAGUGUUGCCAGUAGUCCUCCACAAGUGCCAAGUAACCGCCGGUUUGGAACGGACGCGACCGAACAAUAACUAGAAUAAUUUACUCACAUUCCAACUCCGAUGACGCACGAUCGGACCCCUAUCGAACAAAAACAAAUCAAUAUUUUUCCAAGAUUUUAAGUCCCAGUGGCUCGCGCUACCAAAGAAUAAAGUUACCUUCACGUUAAGGAGUUAAUGUAAAAUAUGUUUAUUAGUGGAAAUCAAUUGGAUAUGUAUAUAAUUUGGCCUGUGUGUGCAUAGCUUGUUAUAGUGACGGGAUAGUAUCGAAGCGCGCGGGUUGCGUCUCGUCACCGCGCGUUACAUUCCAACGCUUUCCGUGUUAUAUGAUCGCUUUGGCCCUCGACUAGAUAAUCGGUAUAUCGUUACAGGAGAACCCUUCUAACGGCCAUUGUUUUGAUGUCAUAACGAAAUUGUUAACUAGACAAUGUUUAUUUUGACCAAUGUAAUCUGUACUAAUGUGUAAUCUGUACGUUUGUAAAAACGUUUAUCAAAAGUGCGAUGACGGCAUACGUUGUGCAUAAUGAUAAGAGGUAAAUACAAUUUACACGAUACAA